GAAUACUACAUAGCACUGUAGAUAUCAACAGGACAUGAGGAUUGAGGAGUUGUUUUUCUCUGGCUGGUCCCUUCCUCUGUUUCGAGUAUCUCUCUCAUCAUAUUCAACAUAGCCCUUGCUUUAUGAGCAUCCAUUCGCCUUUGGAAGUGUGUCUAGUCUGUCCGCACCUUAGUCCGGAAGAUUGAAAAAAUAAGACGUGAAUUUGUGCUUGUAUUGGUGGUAAUUUUGAACGAUGUCGACGCCCACAAAGGUUGAGUUUGCGGUGAAAAUGACCUGCCAGUCAUGUGUAGCAGCCGUUAAGAACUCACUGCGAGAUAUUGACGGAGUGCAAGGUGUGGAUGUAGACUUACAAAACGAACGUGUUGUAGUAACUAGUACGUUGCCGACAGCUAAGGUUCAGUCACUGCUUGAGUCAUCCGGCCGGUCGGUGUUGGUGAGGGGACAAGGUCCUGUGGCAACAGCUGCUUCCGUAGGUGCGCAACAUCUUGGUGCCGCUGUGGCUAUCAUGCUAGGCAGAAGUGGUGUCACUGGACUAGCAAGAUUCACACAGGUUGAAGAUGAUAAAUGUAUCUUAGAAGGCACUGUGGAUGGACUGAGUCCAGGAAAGCAUGGCAUACACAUACACGAAUACGGUGACAUCUCUCAAGGCUGCGAAAGUGUCGGUGACCACUUCAAUCCUUACCAGCGACCGCAUGGACCUCCAGAAGCUGAAGAUCGGCAUGUUGGUGACUUGGGUAACGUAGAAGCAGACGCAUCGGGCCGCGCCAUCUUCCGUCUCGAAGAGAAAGUUGUCAAGGUCUGGGAUGUGAUUGGACGCACCAUCGUAGUGGAUGGCGUAGAAGACGACUAUUCGCCGGCGUACAAAUCCACCGUCAGAGUUGCAUGUGGCAUCAUAGCACGUUCGGCUGGCCUGUUCGAGAACGAUAAGAAAGUGUGUGCGUGCACCGGUAGAACCAUGUGGCAAGAGAAAGAAGAUCUGAGCGCUCCAGCACCGCAAUCAGCACCCAUGACAUCAUCUCUCUGAAUGUGAUUAGUCACUGAUUACAUCAUGCAUCCUUGAAUACAACGACGUUGCACUGUUGAUGCACGAUGCCAUCAUGCUGGUGGUGUUGUUGCUACUGAUAUGCACUGUAUGCAGUGUGCAGAGUCAUAAAAUGCCGGUAUUUUAUGACUUCCUGCUACUGACUGCUGCUGCUCUGCUUGCGCUACGCUAUGUGUAUAUGCUGACUGAAGUCUGAAGACCUGCCUAUACCGUCGCUAUAGUCGUGCUAGUGCAAUAGCAGUGCUGACUGGCUGACUGGCUGGCUGGCUAGCCCUGUAGGCUAGCCCUGGCUGUUUGCACACGGCUAGAACUGUCAUAGCAGCUGUGUCAGUAUGUCUUUGUCAGGCUGGUGGCCAUGGUACCGCUGUGUGUGAGAGAGUAUUGCAGUGGAGAUGACAGGGGGGAACGCUGUUACUACUUGUCAUGUUUGAGACUGGUUACGGCAUGAAGAGUGUAAGACCACUCACCCCUACCACUACCAGCACUUGAAGCAUUGCUGUGUGUUACUGAGCCUUGCCCUGCACCGUGGACACAUGAGAUUCUUUCUUCUUCUUUUCUUUUUCUCAAUUUUACGGCUGGCCCUGCACUAAGCUGCUAUGAAAGUGCUCUUUCCGUCUUCCCGCUUCAUGCAAACCUCUUUACCAUAAUGCUGCUGAUGAGCAACAUUCUAAUGCGUGUCGUUUGAUAGCUAGGCAAGACCCCCCCCCCCCACACACACACACAUACAACAUGUAUUGUGUUGUACUAUUGAAAUGUACUUUAUUUCUUCAAAGUUAGAAGCUUUUUUACCACAAGUAUUUUCUGCUGGCACGAAUCCCCCGCUCGCGCCCUUUGUACUAUUUUGGUUUGUAUGUUAUUUGAUUUUGAGUUGGUCGCAAAGUACUGCAGUGAUGCGACAAACAAUCCUACUUCCAAGUGUA